AUGGUGCGUCAGCUGCACGACGGUAUGAUGGCGCGAGUCACGGACAACGGAGCUGUCUCAGAGGCAUUUGCAGUGACCAUCGGAGUGAAGCAGGGAUGCGUGCUGGCACCAACCCUCUUCAGUCUUAUGUUCUCUGCCAUGCUGAUGGACGCCUACCGCGACGAACGCCCUGGAAUCCGCAUCGCCUACAGAACGGACGGUCAUCUCCUGAAUCACCGGCGCAUGAACUCCCAAUCGCGCGUAUCCACAACUACCGUGCACGAAAUCCUCUUCGCCGACGACUGCGCCCUGAACACCACCUCCGAAGCGGAGAUGCAACGGAGCAUGGACCUAUUCUCUGCGGCCUGCGAGAACUUCGGUCUGAUCAUUAACACGCAGAAGACGGUGGUGGUGCACCAACCUCCGCCCAACUUAGCCACAGCCCUCAACGCGCCGCAAAUCAGCGUGAAUGGGACCCAACUGCAAGUGGUGGAGAACUUCCCGUACCUGGGAAGUACCCUAUCUCGCAACACAAAGAUCGAUGACGAAGUCGCCAACCGAAUCUCGAAAGCCAGUCAAGCCUUCGGACGCCUCCAAAGCACAGUUUGGAAUCGCUACGGUCUCCAACUGAGCACAAAGCUGAAGAUGUACAAGGCCGUCAUCCCGCCGACGUUACUGUACGGAGCAGAGACAUGGACGGUGUUCACGAGGCAGGCACGUCGACUGAACCACUUCCACCUCAGUUGUCUCCGUCGCAUCCUGAGGCUGAACUGCGGGACCGCAUCCCUGACACCGAUGUGCUGGAACGGACGGGAAUCCUGAGCAUCUACGCCAUACUUAAACAAAUGCAGCUGCGCUGGAGCGGCCACCUGGUGCGCAUGGACGACGAGCGACUACCCAAACGACUCUUCUACGGAGACGUCGCGACGGGUUCUCGUCGUCAAGGAGGCCUAAUUCGCCGUUACAGGGAUACCCUGAAGUCCUCCCUGAAGCGCCUGCAAAUCAACCCGACCAACUGGGAAGAUCUCGCCCGCGAUCGUCCGACAUGGAGGAGAACAUUGAAGACGGGCGCUGCUAUCUAUGAAGCCAACCGAAUCGCCGCCGCCAAAGCGAAACGCGAAGCCCGCAAAUCACAACUUCGCCCAGUACGCAACGCCGCCGCACAACCUCUCCCUACGUGUCCUCGAUGUCAACGGACAUUCCGGGCAUGAAUCGGACUUGUUGAACAUCUGCGGAUCAACUGCACCUCUCGAACUGCUCCAGCCAUCGUCCCCCCGCCCGCCUCUUCCUCGUCCUCUCUGCCGCCAACUAACUCUGUUAACUCUUCUGCACCACCACUUCCAUCCUCCUCCUCCUCCCCCACUGCCCCAGCGGCGGCCGUUCAGACUGCCGUCUCACACAUCACCAACCCCAACACAACAACCGACACCACCUCUCCCGAUACUGCUGAUGAGGAUCAGGACUACACCUGCCUUCACUGCGACCGCACCUUCACCUCUCGCAUCGGCCUGGUCGGUCACUUGCGAAUCCAUCACACAGAGACUGGCGAACCAGUGCCUGGAGCACCAACCUACACCCACCAAGCUCGUCUCCACUGCCCACACUGUCCUCGCAACUUCAUGCAUCGCAUGGGUCUAUUCGGUCACAUGCGCAUCCACGGCGACCUGCGGUAG